CACGUUAAGCCACGUACUUUUUAAAACCAAUAUAGAGAAAAUAUCGAAGCUAUCUGAAAAUAACAAUAAAACGUUUACUUGAUUCACUGCGAAAACUCGAAAAUUUGCACAUGAUUUGAUCAGCACCAGAAAAACUAAAAACUACAAAGCAAUUUUUUUUAAAAAAGAUUUUCAAAAUAUUAUGGGAACUGCCAACAGUUCGGUUCCAGUGCAUGAUCUAUCCCCCGGAACCACGCCUACCUCCCAGAACUGGAUCACAGCCCACGCCCGCAAAUCCGGACUUCCACUUGUGGAAGUGCAACGCCUCUGGGACCAGUUCCAGCAGCUCGGAGCCAGCCGAGUCACCGGAAGGCUUAACCCAGCUAUAUCGCCUGGAUCACGUCUUAACUACAACUCUCACUUAUUUAUAAACUCGUUGCCAAAAACGGGGGGCAAUAUUUCUUUUUUAAAUUACUGUAUCGCUUGUAAAGGUAUUGAAGAUUUUUCAGAAGACGAAAAAUUGAGAGCUAUUUUUCGUCUGUACAACGACGGAAAAGAGUGGGACUAUAGCACUCUGAGAAAAUUAGUUCAGUCCGUCUACCCGAGAGAGAACGAUGACGUAAUCAAAUCGACAACCGACACUUUGCUUUCACAAUUCACGUACGGAAGCCACGAUUACGUAACUGAAAUGGACUUCAUGCGUUUCAUGCAGAGCUUCGAUGAUCGGAACUUGUUGGAGAACUGUCUAGCGUAUAAAAUAGUGCCACAGUAUUUGAAAAACAGACCUAGAGAUGAUCAUUUGAGCGACUAUUUACCAACGACGAGAAGCGGUGAUAUCAGAGGCCCUCAUGGAGGAGGUGGAUUGGGCGUGACAGAUGGUGGGGUGGGUCUGCCUUCUGAUUCGCAGCUGAAGAUGGUGGCCCAACUGAUGACAGAACCCAGGAGAGAUUGGAGACGACUGCUCAACAUACUAGGUUUCACAGAGAGCGAGAUAGUUGAGGCUGAAGAAGAUAGCCCGAACGAGCCCCUGGAGACGUUGCAGUCCCUGUUGCGGGGCUGGAGAGACGGGGGUCCAGGGUCCACUGGGGAACUGAGACAGGCUCUGACACUGUCGAACAAUACAGACGUGGCCAACAGACUGUAGAACGCCUACUGCUUUUUCCCAUGACUGUAGUUUUCAUCAUAGAAUAACUAAUUGUGCGAAAACUCUCAACCAAUCAACGUUUUUCAUUUCUCCGAAUGCCUUCCUAAG